CUUAUUACCCACCAGGGUAUCCGAAUAAUGGCCCGUAUUAUACGUCACCGUAUAACAAUCCACCACCGCAAUAUAUCUACGCCCAGCCACCAGGACAAUACGUGCUCGUCCCCCCAAAAGGCCGGUCGACGAAAGUCGUCACUUCUGUCCAGCCAAUUGUGUUUUCCACGUCCUCGUCGACCGAUUCGGAGCCUCCUCAUCAGACGGGCUCCUUCUUGCACAAGAUGUUGCCAUUGUCCCAUGGUCAUCGUGAUGACCGUCAGCGGGAACACCGGCCGCAACAACAUCAUCAUCAUCAUUCUCAUCACCAUCAUCGACGUAGCUCAUAACGUCCGUUUCUUAUUGUUGUGUUUCUUUUUGUUCUUCGGUCUUCUUCUAUCACGCGUCCGUGUCAUCAAUACUAUAUAUAUAAUCCGGGACAUUCCUAUAGUAUAGGUAUCGAUAUAUCUUAUAUGUAAUGCGCGUUACUGGGUUGUUCAUUAUUCGAGACUCUAAUCCCGAUGUCGGGAUGGGCAGGAGUUUGAUGUCAUUCCAGAUCGUUGAUUUGACACAACGGUGAUUUGUAUUUUAUCAGGCGUCUCCGUUUUCCUCCGAUGUAAUCCAUUCAACGGAGCAGAGUUGUUCAAGUGGUUGGAAUGCUAUUCAUAUUCGUACACAAUCACACAGCGUAGUUGUACAUAACAUUGGUGGUACUAAUGGAGGUUCAUCAGACCCGCGUAGUUAAUGCGGGGGAAGUGCGUACCACUUUUGAUGAGUGGGGAAACAAGCUGCGAAUAAAUAGUCGGCCAGC